GGGGUGGCGGCGGCGGGCGGCUGUGGAGGCCGGGAGGGCUCGGCGGCGGAGGUGCCUGGGCGCGAAUUUGCCUCCCCGGGAGAAGCGGGAGCCGAAACAGCGGGAGUGGAGCUUCAGGCUUUAUCCAAGCAACGGAGGGGGAUUGUGCAGAGGUGGAAUUCAUCUCUACUUUCUUAAUUCACAUAACCUGGUUGAAAUUAGAAGAGAAGCAGCAAUACUGUGGCAGCUGUGCUACGGUAGGAGGACUUGGCAUCCUAUCCCCAUCCUGAAGGCAGAUUUAGGUUUGGGGUAACUCAUCCACAAGAGCAGCACAGCCUGUAGCUUUCAUCAGCUUUUGACAGGGCUGGGGAAACUUUCUGUGCGCAAAUUCUGGGCACUCCCGACUCCAGAAAGAUGUCGACAAAGUGGAAGGUAUUGGACGGGACCAACGCAGAAACAAUUUACUGAAAAAUCUUUGUAGUCGUAAAAUUCUUUCCUGGGCAAGAGAGAGAGAGAAAAGCAUAAGGACUUGGCGUAAAUCUACGUAUUGAGGACUAUCAGACUAACGCGAUGGCUCAGGUAACAGGCCGGUUUUCCCAUCCUGUCCCAACAGGAAUUCAUCAUUACAGCAGGUGGCUGCAAAGUGCCCUCGGUGAUAAUCCGUUCUCCGAAACCUAAAAGCAGCUGAGCUCUCAGUGGUCUGCUCCAGUGACUAGCAUGCAUUCCCAAGCCUUCAGUGCUGGACCCUCCCUAGUCAAGGCGAGUCUCCUGGCCUGCGAGGGACUCUCUGGGGUUUGCCUCGUGCCGACGGUUGCCAGCAAGAAGAUGAUGCCGAAGCAAAGCCCUAAGCAGGUGGAGAAUGGAGAAAGGGGUGCUCCAAGCAUGCUGGGACACCACCGCAAGGAAAGCGAGAAGUCGCGCAGCCGAAAGGAGGAGGAAGCGACAGAAGGGUCUCAACCCAAAAAGUCUCAUAAAAAGCAGGUCAUGGUGAUUGAGCAGAACGGGUCGUUCCAGCUCCGAAUCCCCAAGAACUUCAUUUGCGAACACUGCUAUGGUGCGUUCCGAAGCAGUUACCAUCUCAAGAGGCACAUCCUCAUCCAUACAGGUGAGAAGCCAUUUGAGUGUGAUGUGUGCGACAUGCGCUUCAUCCAGAAAUACCACCUGGAGCGCCACAAGCGUGUGCACAGCGGGGAGAAGCCGUACCAGUGUGAGCGCUGCCUGCAGAGCUUCUCCAGGACAGACCGGCUGCUGAGACACAAACGAAUGUGCCAGGGUUGCCCGAGCAAAGCGUCUGACUCACAGCUGCUGCUUUAGGGGUAGGCCAGGAGAAAGGGGAAACUAGGAGGAGCUGCAAAGCAAACAGGAUUAUCUGUGGGUUAUUUUGUUCAUUUGUUGGGGUGGGGUGGGGUUGUGCUUGUGUUUGCCUGCUGGGCCUCCCCCUAUGGAAGGGGGCAGAGCUGAGUGGAGGCACAGACUUUCAGACAAGGUCUUGGCACUGUAAAUAAGUUGAGGACAAACCAGGGCUGGCUUCCCAGCCCCUUGUGGUUGUGGAUUAACUUUGUCUGAGUUCCUGUUUUUUGUUGGAGUUAUCACCAUUUGCCUCAGGAAAGGCUUUGUGAGAACGGCUGAACCCUCCUGCAAGACCUGAUUAUGAUGUUCGAUGCUCUCGAUUGACAGAUCUGCCAGCUCUUGCCCAGCCUUUUGGGCUUGCGAAGAUGGAAGAAGGACAGACUAAUAAUCAUUUUAAAAAUUAUUAUUAUUUUAAAAAGACAACAAUCAAGCACCAAACAGUUUUCGCAGAGCUGAGAAGCAAAAGCUGUGGAUUUAAGAGACAGGUUAGCAACAGAAGGAUUUCAAUUCCAAGGGGUCGCAUCAGAGCUUUGCCAUAACAGGAGCCUGUCUCAUUAGAGCUUUUCCAGAAGGUCUACAGAGCUUUUUAUUCUCCUGCAGGAUCCCUUUCUCGACCCUCAGGUUUCAAGAAACAAGGGCUGGUGGGGUGAUGUGUGCUCCUGGGUACCAUAAAAGCCAAACUUUCAGGUGUUCACUCCCAGUGAGCUCCCAAGAGGAGAUGCUACUGAUUGCUGGCUGGAGGGACACGUCUGGCUACUUCCAGUGAGGAGGGAUGCUUCAGACCUUUUGCAGGAAACUUGGCUCUUGCUCCCCUUCCCUUGUAUAUAUAUAUAUAUAUCCUGUAUGUGUUCAGGAUCCACCCCAUUGAACUCCGCUUCAUGUACAAUUCAUAUCUUCCUUCCUCACCCACCCCUCCAAAAAACCAACACCACCACGAGAGUCAGUGAUAGUCCAUGGUUUCAAAGUGUUCCUCUGGCAGGAGGGGACUAUAAUCCAUCUUGUGCUGCGUGGAGGAAGAUGACAAGCAGCUGUACUCGAAGCUCACAACUAUACCAAGACCAGGAUGCCCUUACUCCUUCAUAUUGGUUUCUGCUGCCUCGGCCAAAGUACUGCUAUCUGCUAUCUUAGGAAAGCCAUUGUCCGAGAGAAGCAAAGUCUGCAGUUGCUCUUGGCUGUCCCAGUUUUUGCAGGCCUUAAUUGGAGGGGGGGUCUCUUUUCAAAAGAUUCAGCCCGAUUCAGAAGAUGUGAUCCUGGCUGGUGCUGUCAUCACUGCUGGGUUGCAACAAACAGCAGCAAGUCUGCAAGGAAAGCAGGUGUCUGCAAAAUCUUGCCAUCGGUUUUGGUUCUCACACAGGGUUUGUGACUGCGUUGGGGUGUGGGGAGAGAGAGAACAGCCAGUUCAGAACUCUGCCAUUGGAACCCCUGUCUUGUGAACGGACACCUAUAUCUGAAAUCCUCCUGUGUCUUUUGUGCGAUAAACUCUUCUCCUACCCUUUCCCCAUUCUAGAGUUAACCUCUCCCAGGCUUUUGCAGGCUUCUAUUGGGUCCCACUUCCCACUCACCCCUCGCUGCAAGCCAGCUUCUGAGACAUGGAUCAGUAGAGGACUGGCUUCCUCCAUGAGGUCAUGUUGCAGAGAGAGACAGCAAGCACUUUUGAAAGUUUAAAUGUCCUGCCGAUGCAACUGGAAAGGUUUGUAAAUAGAGGUGGAAUACUUUAGAUCAAGAAGGAUUUCUCCAAAAGUACAACAAUGCUCUAGUAGUAAGUGCUGCGUGCUAGAGGCUCAAAAACACUUGUAAACUUGGAGAAAUCACCUGGUUGGUUUCUUUUAAAAUGUUCUCUGCCAUUUCCCAAGUGGCUGUCUAAAAGGCAGUGUAGCUUCUUAGACUCCCUCAUCCUCUUGCAGUCAGCCUGAACUUUUGUUGGAGCGGCCAGUGGGAGAGUUUUGUGUGCUAUGUGGUUUGUUAACACUGCUUGACGGCAUUGCAUUGCAGUGCCUACCCAGGAGUAGGCUGUCUUAAGUCGUGGAACAGAAAGCACUGUUGGAAAGGACUUCCGCCGCCAUUUGUUCUGUACUUCUACAGAGCAGGUCAUAAGUCCAGCUUUCCUGGUGCAAGAUGAGGAUUAUGCCAAAUCAUAAUGGUGCUUCCAAGACUUACUGGUUACUUCGGCUCUUGGAGCAGAGAUGGAAAGGGAGCUUUUUCAAGUCCCCCCUCUUGUGUGUGUUAGGAGAACCAGUGCUUCAUUCCCACUUCCUUUCAUUAGGUAAAUUGAACCCCCUCCCCCCCCAGUUAAAAGCUAUAAUUAGUUCAGCCCCCUUUUACUCUGCACUUCAUUGUGCUGAUUUGUUAAGUGUAACACAGUGGGAACUGUGGCUUGUUGUUUGGGUUGGGGCGAGCAAAAAGCAUUGUACAAAAAUGUUGGCUCUCUUAGAAAAUAAUAACAAUUGAGCGACCACGUGGCUUUGUGAUUUCGCUUUCCACAGAAGCAGAAAUGGGGUUGUGCAUUAGAAAAUACAUGUAGAAAUACAAUAAGUUGGGAUUCUCUCCUGGCUUCCUCCUCUCUUGUGCCGCAAUUCUAGGGCAAGAAGCACUAAGUGUUUUUAAAAAGGAAAAAUCUUCCUCUAGCAGGAAACGCCUUUUCGUUGAACACUAGGCAUUGCUGUUCUGCUCUCUUCUGGUUAAUCCUCUGGCAUUAAUCCUCCAGUAAUUCAGUAAUGCCAUGGCACUGCAAAAGUACUCAGUGUUGCGGCUUAUUUCCCCAUUCAGCAGACUGAAAAUCAUCUGGUUCUCUUGAGCAGGCUUGAUGCCAGACCCCUUUGUGUGCCAAACAGGGCAAUGACCCAUCAUUGCUUCGAUCCCUCUGAAGCGUGUGUGGCUUUUUACAGCACAAAGCUAUUUGAGGCUUGGCAGGCUAGCGUGCCACCAAAUGAGCACUCUUCAGCCUGCUUGUUAACACUUGGCCAGCGCAGCCAGCCAUUGGGUUAGCUAUCAGUCCAGCUCCUCAUUGAGCUAGCUAGCAAAGGGAAAUGCUUGUUUCUGCUCAGGCAGAUACAUGGUGAAGUGCAGAUUUGGAAAUGGCUUGCAUGAGCUGCUGUGUGGCACAUGAUCUUUGCUGUUGGGGUUCCUCUCAGAACCUGGCGAGAAUGAUGGAGGGUGCUGCUGUUGGUAUUAAAGGCAACAUAGCUAGCUGGGUGAGUUGAGUGAGUGGGAAGGAGGGUGUUUCUACUUCCCAUUGCAGCCAUCUUCCUUGUACAGUUGACACAUGGCUUAGCUUGUGGCUUAUCCAGUAGUUCAAAUCACACUUCAGUGUAUACAGAAAUGUGGCCCAGCUUGGCUCUGAAGAUUAAUUUGUUUGCAAGGUGAGCUUGCUUGUCUUUGUAAAAGUAUCCCCAGUGUUCCUCGAGUAUCCUCUAAGGAAAAUCUUUAGGGGAGAGCUUUGCAGAACUUUCAGGUGCCUUCAAGGAACAAAUUGCUUUGGGAAGUCCUGGAAAAUGGCUGUUGUGUUUUUAUGGGACUGUAGGCAAUCUCUCCUGAGGGAGUCAGAAUUAUAUAUGGUAAGGAAAACCAUGGUUAAAGCUUUUUUUCCUGAGCUUUACGACUAAAGUGUGCAACAAGUGAUGUGCUCGAAUGUCCUAAAAGACAGAACGCCUGCACACAGCGAGUUACCAUGUCAAAGUGAAAAAGUAUCAAUGUGUAAAACAUGCAACUUUCUCCUACCCUGCCUGAAAUGGUGUUAUCCAGGAAAUACUGUAUCGCAUGGCUAUGCUAGUGUGUGCAACAGGCUUGGUUGUCAUCUUCUUGGAAGCGAUACUUGAAUGACACAAGAACCCUUCUCAAGUGAAUUGAUAGCAACACCCAGGGUGAGUGAAGUCUUGCAUUUUUCACUGAUGGGAGGUGAAAUUGACUAGGAACAGAAGUGAAACUUGACCGGGAAGUGUCUGUGACUUUAAAAAUGAAAUGGUUUCAAAACAAAUCUUGUCUGUUCAUCGAGUAGCACAAAGAGGUGGUUGUGUUGAAAGAAAGUUUUAAACUUGGCAAGGGGUUCGGGAAGGCGAUGCGAACAAAUGCAGUUGGCAGGGGUUGGCAUUGUUAUGGCUAUAACAGAGAACAAAGCGGAUUUCAAGCAGGAGGAGGAGUUGCAGCGCGGAAGCAGGGCUCUGCAUAAACUCUGGUCUCUAAACACAACUUCUUCCCUUUCUGGGCAUGGGGAAAAAUCUAGUGUUUUUUGAGUGUGUGCCAUGUUGCAGUGAACCAGUGCCCACAGCCCCCCCCCCCCAGAUGUUAUUUGUACGCACAACUUCAGUGCACCGAUUGAAGCCUCCUAACAUUAACGUGCAUUUGGGAAAACUUUUAGGAGAUGCUUUCCCCCCUAACCUCUACCCAAUACCUAUUCUUCUGUAGAAGUUGAGAAACUGGCACCCCAUCAGUGGGUGUGGCUUGAAACCUGUUGAAAUUCUGGUUGUCUCACUGGUAGCUUGUGCACAAAACUCACCAGCAAAUCGUUCUGUGUCAUUUUUAAGGUACUUGACAGGCUGCCUUAGGGUGCUGUGAUAUUUGGUAGACAUACUGCUGGCCUUGAGGUUUUGGAAUUGAAGCUGCAGCCUUAACCCCACCUACCUGGGAGUAAGCCCCAUUGAAUUAAAUAGGACUUACUUCUGAGUAGACAUGGUUAAGAUUGCCCUGUUCGUUUGAGGUCAGAAGGGAAGAGGAUCUGUUCUGACUGGCUUUUUACACACUCCUUCCAUUCGUAGACAAGAGGAAGGAAGAAUACUUAGCACUUCAGGCUGAACAGAGGAUCUAUGAAUUUGUCCAUAUUGCUCCAGCCUAGUCCAGUGGCUUUUUUUUUAAUUUCCCUUCCCCCCCCUUCCCUUUAAUUCACUUAUUUUGCUAUAAGGGAGGGAAUUGGGGCAGGGUGUGUGUUACCCAUGGGCAGGAUCACUUUUAAACUGUAGUUUUUAUAAAAUGUUAUAAACUUGUAUCUUUUUACCAUUACAGUGUGGUGUCUGAUCCUUUUUUGUGACCUAUUUAGGAAUUUGGUGUGUGUGUGCUUGCUCCCCUCAGUUUCUCCAUCUCAACUCUGCCAAAAAUUCAGUUCAUUAUUACCGUCAAUGGCCAGUUACCCACAACCCACCAAACUAUUGAGAGUGCCCGAAGAGCUGAAAUAUACAAACUACUUCUCUAUUAAGUUGCCUUGCCAACAAAGGUUGGUAUUCUCUAAAAACACUUCUUUCCAGGGUUCCAAUCUGUAGCUGGAAACUGAAUUUGGUACUGUUUUGCAUGCAGAGCCUAUGACUAGUGAACUACAACCGUUGCCCAUUGGGUUCCUCAGUGCCUUCCUCCGACUUCAUUUAUAUACUAGUGGUUU